UAAAUUGUUCUCGACGCUCGACGGCUGCAUAAUGAGAUAACUUUCCCAAUUUGGCUUAUUUUUUAAAAUCAUUUGUUCCUUUUUGAACAAAAUGCGGAGGCGACAAUUAAGUAGAAGCAUUGUCGCGAACGAACCUUUUGAGGAAAGAGCUAGAGAUGAAAGAGAUGCGGUUGAAGAGCCAUAUCCGGAGGAAAGAUUAAGUGGAUGUUCAGGAUGCGUGUAUGAUUAUUCCAAUGUUUUUGCAUUCAUGGUGAUUCUAGCAUUGUUACCACCUUUCUUGAAUUUUGCAGCUUUAAAAAGAGAAAGCACUGCCUUGUUGCCAAAAGAAGGUGAGCAGAUAGAUAUGGGAUGUGGUCAAAAGAUGUUCAUUAUGUGCAUUGGUGAUGGUUUACCUACGGUGAUACUUGAAGCCCCUACUGGUACAGCAUCAGAAGUGUGGUUUUUAAUUCAGCAGAAAUUGUCCAAAAGUUCCAAGGUGUGUGUUUAUGACAGAGCUGGUUUAGGGUUCAGUGAUCUUCCUCCUUACAAUGACAACUUUCAUGAUCCCAAAGUUGAAAACAAGAAGUUUGGUUCUCAAGUUGCUACCCUGGAACAAAUGACUUUUGAUUUGCAUCAUUUAGUUACUUUCGGUAAGCCUCUUCCUCGACCCUUCAUUUUGGUUGGUUCUGAAAUUGGUGGUCUGAUUGCAAGACAUUAUGCUUUGACACAUCCUGAGGAUGUUGUGGGCAUUGUUCUUCUGAAUCCUUUAAAUGAAGAUUUAUUUUGGAGACAAAAUGAAGAGUGGGAUUAUUAUUGGAAUUCUAAAGUCGUACCCAGACUGGGAUCUUUGGAAAUAAUGGCUUAUUAUGGUAUUAAUCGAAUAGCAGCAUUACUUGGAAAAUUGGUUGUAGAUAUACCCAAUGAGAAUGUUCCAGAUGAUAUAAAGCGUACUCAGAUAUCUCAUUUGUGCAAUCCAUAUCAUUUAAAGACUGUAGUUCAUGAGCACCUUCUCCUAAAUACAAGUUUUCAUCAAAUGUUUGAAGCUUGGCAAACCAAAUCUUUCCCAAAGAAUGUAUCUGUCACUCUCAUAAAUAGCAUGAAAUUUGAAAAAAUCCCUCCACUUGUAGAACUAUCUUGGCAACAGUCGCAACUUUAUUUGCGCCAGAGCUUGCAUCCCGUCUGCCAGCACUUCAUAACAGAUGAGAAACUUGAAAAGCUUUAUGAAGAGGGAAUCCUUGUAAGCGAGACUAAGCAGCUGGUUUUUCGGUGGAGAGUCCAAAAUGAUGUUUUUCCCACAGUUCACACAUUCAAAGAAAGGAAAAUAGCUCGUGAGUGA